ACGUCAUCAUAAGCCACUGGAGUCAAGCUCGGUGUGAUCCUUUAGUGUUAAGUUCGUCAACCAAAUUUGUAUUUUCUCUUUGCUCGACUGUGUGCCAAUUCCCGUAUUUCAUCGAUCUUAUUCUCGAUAAAACCCUCAGAUUCCAUCGUUGGGAUCAGUGUAUAAUUAGCCAACAUGUCGAAAAAUGCAAAAAUGACGAACAUCAUCAACUACCGACUUCGGGUGACGUUGUCGGAUUCACGCGUGCUUACUGGACAAAUGCUCGCAUUCGACAAACACAUGAACCUCGUGUUGGCGGAUUGUGAAGAGUUUCGCAAAGUCAAGCCGAAAGGAAAAACAGCAGAAGGCACCGCUCCCCUUGAACAGAAACGAACAUUAGGCCUCGUUAUUUUGAGAGGUGAAACGAUCGUCAGCAUGAGCGUCGACGGUCCUCCUCCACCAUCCGUAGACGAAUCUAGAUCAAGAGGAGCCGGUUUGAUGGCUGGACCUGGCAUGGGAAGACCCGCCGGUCGUGGCUUGCCUGCUGCUCCUCCGCCAGGUGCACCCAUGGUCGGUCUUUCCGGUCCUGUGCGUGGCGUCGGCGGUCCUGCUCCUGGUAUGAUGGCACCGCGACCUGGCAUUCACGCACCUCCGGUCGCUUACGGUCGUCCUCCUAUGGUAUGCAUUUAUGUUCCACGAAGAUAUGAUGGGAAAAUCGACAGAAUGGCUGAUUUUUUUUCUUUUUCUUUCCACAAUUGCUAGCCUCCACCUGGUUUCCGUCCUCCUCCUGGUGCUCCACCAGGCUUCAGACCGCCUGUUGGCGCUCCGCCCAUGGGAUUCAGACCUCCAAUGGGUGGCCCUGGCGGUCCUCCUCCACCUGGUUUCCGUCCAGGCAUGCCUCCGCAAGGUUUCCCUGGUGCUGGCCGUGGUACUCCUCCUCCUGGAAUGUACAACAGACCGCCUCCUCCACCACCUGGACAGUAAACCAG